AUGUCUUUUAGCAACUAUGACGGCUCUGCUUACAUUGAGGUGACGCCGGAUAGACACGGGGCCUUCAUUGUCAUCACCGGGGUGAUCGGGUUGAUCUGGUCCUGCAUGAUUAUCGCCAUCCGGGUGUAUCUUCGGUUGCAUCUGAACCCGCCCUUUGGGUGGGAUGACAUGGCGGCGGUGUUUGGGACGGUCGUGGGCAUCAUUCAAACAUCGGUGACUCUGAGCGCGGUGCACUGUGGCAUUGGCACGCGAGAAAACCUGCUCACAACAGAACGGGCUGAUACCGCGCUGAAGACCCUUUAUGUUUCGUGGUUGUUGUACCCCAUCGCCAUCUGUUCCUCCAAAGUGUCCAUCGCCCUUUUGAUUGCGCGGCUGACACGGACCAAGCACCAUCUGUGGGCGAGUUACGGACUCACGACGUUGAGCUUUCUCUGGGGUGUGAUAUCAUUGUUCCUGGUUGCCUUCCAGUGUCGAGCGCCUCGACCGUGGGACGUUGGAAACGCCGACCAAUGCAGCGGCAUGUUCUCGCAUUGGUCGGUUAUUGAAAUCGUCAACAUGAUUAUCGAGGCUCUCAUCCCGUGUCUGAUUAUUCUGAUUGUCUGGUCACUGUGCAUGCCCUUGGCUACCAAGAUCACUGUGGUUCUUGCAUUUUCCUUACAACUGCUGGUGGUCGUCCCCACGAUCAUGCGAAUCCAGUUCCUGCGAGGCCUCACAUCCGCGCCGCAGGCCGACCGCACGUUCACGCUGACCAACUCGACGGUGCUCACCGAAGUCGUGAUGCACUUUUCCCUCAUGGCGGCGACGUUCCCGUGUCUGCGCAAAUUCCUGCAGGCGUUCGAUCUGCACAUGGGGGCAACGACGAACCUCACCAGCGAGGGUGAAUACACCGGCAGCAACACGUACACGCGAUCGGGGGGCGCUAGCUACGCGCUGAAGUCGAUGGAUCGGUCGCAUUCGCAGUCGCGGUCUCGGGCCAGCAUUGACCGUCGCCAAUCAGUGCCGUCGGGUACCAUGGGAAACACGACGAUGAUAUCGACGGUGGGAAGGAGACGCAGUGCGGAGAGUGAUGGCAGUCAGCGGGUGAUGAUCCGGAAGACGGAGGAGUGGGAGGUGUUGUCCUCUCGGGAUGAUAAGUAG